GUUUCUAAAAACUAAAAAUGUUUUGUUUAGUUGUGAUUUUAAUUGUAUUAUUUGUGUUUUAUUAGUGAUAUUUGUGAAAAAUUGAUGAAAAUUAGAGGUUAUUUCAUAUGUGUUUAUUAUUACGACCAUAUAUAACGCACAGCUGCCAACGUGGGGAAUCGAAGCAACACUUUAUUUAAAUUUACUCUAAUGACAAUAUAUGUCGUAUUUAUCCUGAGAUUGGGUAUAAAACCACUCCAACUGAGACGAUUUUCUUUAUUUCCCAUACAAUACGACUGAAGUUCGGUCUAAAUGAAGUUAUUGGAGUUGUUUUCGUUUCUUUCGGUGAUAGGUUAUGUCUACGCGUAUGCAGUAUUACCUGAAAAUUAUAGAGAUUAUGUAAUGGUUCAAUUAGACAAAGAACCCAGAAGUUUCGAUGAAGUUUUAAACAUUCCAAGAGAGACUGUUCCAGGAUCUGCCGAUGUUAAGCAUGUCAUUUUGAGAAUUGGAAGGAAUUCAAAUUCGUGGGAGAAUCUUGGUUUCGGCGUACGAGAUUUUACGACAAAUGAAAAUGGAGAGCCAGCAGUUCGAACAAGACAAAAUCAUUACAAAACGAGGGAAGAAGAUAUAUUAUCAAAUAAUAUCGAAUAACAGCUUUUUAUAACAAUUAUUGGAACUUUUUCAACCAAAUAAGAAUAAUACAAUUUAAUAUAUCAAUUGCAAUACUACAGAAAAUGUUAAAAAGUU